AUGAUUUCUAAUUGGCGGGUGCUAAGCGCCGGCGCGCCGGGCCUAAAUUUGGGCCGAUCACACCAACACCAUGCGAUUCAGCAAAUUAGAGACGUACGAUCUUCUUCCUUCUUCCCCUGUGUCCUCUUUUCUGGGAAACAUCCCCAUGGUGUUGUGGAUGAACGAUGCGCCCGGCCUAGAAGCACUGCCCAACGCAUCUCGCCGGUCGCUGCCCUCGCCGCCGGUCGCCGCCCCUCGUUGUCGUCGUCUCCUGUGUUUCUCGCCGGCUCCGUGCAUGCAGCAGCGUGUCCUGUAGUUGCAGCUCCCCAUGACGGCGAUCGCAGCUCCUGUGACGGCAACUGCAGCUCUGGCGUGCGCCUGUUCCAGCUCGCAGCACCUGUGUCGCCCUUUCCAUGGCGGCACUGCCGCCAUAGCCUGAAGCUGGUCACCGCUCAUCGUCUGCAGCUUCCAAGGACGCCGGUUGCAGCUCCUUUGGAUGCCUAUUCCAGCUUCCCGCUAUCCACGGUUGCAGCUCGCCGCAGCAGUCGGGGUUCUCAUGGACUCCGGAUAUAG